AUGAGCUUUUCGGCUGCCAUUGGGGUCAUCAGUGGAUUCAAUGAAUGUGUCACUUCGUGGCAGUGGGCCAAAUCUGCCAUUUCAUCUCUUCACUCCAGAUGGACUGGCUCAGAGGAGCAAAGUCUCCAGGAUCGUGUAUUGCAGUUGGAGAGUAGCCUGCAACUUCUCAAGGAUACUCUUCCCGCAAUGCACGACCUCAUUAAUAAAGCAGAGUGGAGGAGCCACGAACACGGUGUGGCCAAACUCCUCCCAAAUCUCAAGGAUGCAGUGUCUGAGGCCGAGGACCUUCUUGACGAGUUCACAUGGUACGAGAAGAAGGUGCAAGUAGAGGGUGAUACAAGUCAAUCUCCUUUCACUGAAUUCUUUGAUACGGUUGUCCCAGGCAGCUUCAACAAAUUGAAUGGUGUGCAGAUUAGGUUGAAUCAUCUUUCGGUUCAGCUUGAUAAUAUUGGGCUUCGUGGAGUUACACACCGCUUUGACAAAUUAGUCAGGCCAGAGACCACCUCUUUGCCAAAUGAAACAAAAAUAUUUGGUCGUGACAAGGAGCUGGAGCAGAUACUGGGGUUUCUCAAUGUACCUAAUAAAAUUUCAAAACGCAAGAGAGCAACUAUUUCAAUCAAUGCAUCAACAAGCGCACCAUCAAGCCUUCCUGUUUUGCCAAUAGUUGGAAUUGGUGGUGUUGGAAAGACUACUUUGGCCCAACAUAUAUGCAUCAACAAACGAGUGAAGUCUCACUUUGACCUUAUAAUUUGGAUUUGUGUCUCGGAUGACUUUGAUGUGAAGAGGUUAACUAAAGAGGUCAUACAAUCCUGUACUGGUAAGGAGACAAGGACUGAUAAUUUGGAUUCUCUUCAGAAUGCUCUCUAUAACCAUGUGAACAAUAAAAGGUUACUGAUAGUCCUUGAUGACAUGUGGGAUGAUGCUUUGAAGGAAAAUGGGCAGUGUUGGAAGAGGUUUUGUGCACCUUUCCGAAGUGUCCAAGAGGGAAGUGCGAUGCUGGUCAGCACUAGGUGUCCAAAGGUUGCCAUGGGGGUGCGCACAAUUGAGCCCAUUAUAUUAGCAGGUCUAAAUGAUGUUGUCUUUUGGAAUUUCUUUAAAUUGUGCGCGUUUGGAUCCGAGAGUUCUAGCAAUGACCCUGAGUUAGAACAUAUUGGUAGAAGAAUACUUCCUAAAUUGAAGGGUUCUCCUUUGGCCGCCAAAACUCUGGGACGCAUGUUAAGCAUGGACCUUCAAGCAUCACAUUGGAAUUUUAUACUUGAGAGUGAACUGUGGGAGUUGAGACAAGAGGAGACGAACAUUUUGCCUGCCCUUCGGUUGAGCUACAUGUAUUUACCAUUCUAUUUGAAGCAAUGCUUCUCAUUCUGUGCAGUGUAUCCGAAAGAUUACAAAUUUGAGAAGGCAUUCUUAGCUGAGAUUUGGGUAGCAGAAGGCUUCGUGGAACAUCAGGGUGGUAUUCCAAUUCAAGGUAUUGGCUGUCAGUAUUUUGAAGAUCUUGUAGCACGGUCCUUCUUUCAAAAAGUUGGUGGCAGAUAUGUUAUACAUGACUUGCUGCAUGACAUGGCACAAAUGGUUUCAGAGCAUGACUGCUUCAUCUUAAGAAAUAAGAGUGACUUUGAUAAAGUUCCGCAGAAUGUUCGUCAUCUGCACGUACUCCCUAGCAGUGACUUUGACUAUUCUAACUUGUUGAGAAUAUGCAAGUACACAAAGCUGCGUACCAUUAUUUGCAAGAAGAAUUUAGGGAAAAAGAUUGGCUUUGUAAUGGACCAAUGGUGUACUAAACUUCUGUGUAUGCGUGUGAUUUCGUGUGCCUCCACAAAUGAGUUACCAGACAAUAUUGGCAACUGGAAGCAUCUUCGGUACCUUGAAAUCUCCCGAGCGUGUCCUUUGAAGAGGAUUCCUUCAACUUUCUGUUGGCUGUAUAAUCUGCAGAUUUUAUAUGCCAAGAAAUGCAAGCUAGAAUGGUUUCCAAGUGAGUUUGGUAAGUUGAUCAGUUUACAGAAACUCGAAUCCUAUGGAUUGUCGUAUUAUGCUGGGGGUCGCAUGACUCUUGAUUCAGCCAAUGGGCAGGGACAAGCAGGAAUCAGGUUAAUAAAGAAUUUGAACCAAUUUAGUGGACACUUGGAGAUAUGUAAUGUUGACAUGCUAAGUAAGGAUCAUGCAAGAGAAGCCGAACUGAAGAAUAAGAAAUAUCUUGACGAGUUGAAGCUCGUUAUGCAUCCAGCCAAUGGGUUGCCAUAUUAUGCUGGGGGUCACAUGACUCUUGAUUCAGCCAAUGGGCAGGGACAAGCAGGAAUCAGGUUAAUAAAGAAUUUGAACCAAUUUCGUGGACACUUGGAGAUAUGUAAUGUUGACAUGCUAAGUAAGGAUCAUGCAAGAGAAGCAGAACUGAAGAAUAAGAAAUAUAUUGACAAGUUGACGCUGAAUAUGCAUUCACAGGGCCGGGGUCUCAAACCAUCCAGCACAAUGUGAUAGCAGCGCUUGAAGUUCUCCAACCUCCUAUCAGUCUCAAGUCUUUGUUUCUCAAGAAUUAUGCCGGUGUCUCGUUUCCAAGCUGGUUUCAGCCACAAAAUUUGCCAAGCUUGAACUCACUUACUUUUAAACACAGUGUUGGACUUAAGAGCCAGUCAUUUUCCAUGAUCACACCGAGUAUAAAAUUAAAUGAGAUACACACAGUUGGCACUUUCAGGUCCCUGACAGACCUAACCAUUUGUGGCUGCGGAAAUAUAACAAGCUUGAACAUUUUCUGCAUCCAGAUUAUUUCCCAGCCAUUAAGAGAAUAAGAAUUAUUUCUUGCUAUAUGUUAACUUCAGUACCUACCAAAAAGUUUGGGGAUUUUCAUUUCCUUGAAGAACUGGAUGUGCGCUAUUGUCCAAACAUCCGCCUACAAAGAUUGGUUUCACCGUCCCUUAAGAAUCUUAGUCUGCGGGAUUCUGUUCUCUUUUACAAAAUUGACUGCUGCUCCCUCACCGACUUUCGCUUACAUUGUUCUUCUGGCACAUCCAUCCAACUACAAAUGUGGAGUCUUCCAUCUCUUCGGGAGCUAACCAUUAGGUGUUCGUCACUUACAUCUAUUGGAGGAAGCAUUACAGCAUUGUCGUCCCUUAAUGUCCUAAGUAUUUCUUUCUGUUCUAUAAAUUGUCAACCCUUGACAAUCUCCUAACACAAGAAUAUCUACCUGCUAUUGAGAAAAUUCACAUAGGAAGUUGUCCUGAGUUACUGUCCCUGCCAGUUGAAAGGCUUGUGAGUUUAAAUUCUCUGAAACAUCUGCUGGUUCAUGAUUGCCCAACCCUCAACUGGCAAAUGGGACUGGUGUUGCCAUCAAAUCUCCAAAGUCUGAGUUUAAAGUGGUGUGGGGAUAUCUCUCCAUACAUUCCCAGCUGCCUAGAGAACCUCACAUCCCUCAUCUCAUUGGACAUUGCUGGAUGCCAGGGCAUAACAUCCAUUCCAGGCAACAUUUAGUGCAGUAAUCUCGCAUCACUUGAGGAAUUGGUGAUUGAGAAUUGUCCAAACCUAGUUUCAAUUGGUGGAGCCGAGGCACUUGCAAAAAUAAAGAAGGUGUCUAUAUGUGGGUGUCCAAAGUUAAAGGAAGCGGAGCAGAUCCUUUAGAUUCUGCCAAAGGUAUUGUGCCAACACUUGUUUCCUGUCCUUGAAAUUCAAAUAGUUACGUUCCUAUUG